AUGGAACCCAGCAGCGAAGGAUUCACGGGAAACUUAGGAUACAAGGAACUAGAUGUUACCCUAAAUUACUUCACCAAUCAGCCUGAUGUCCUGUCUGUUUCCAACGCAGAACUUGCGAUAAUAUUCAAAUCAUUAAGCAAGAAAGACCCUAAAACAAAAGAAAAGGCUCUUAACGAUCUUCUUUCAGUCAUUGAAAAAGAGUCGAUAAAUUUUGAUGAUUUGGCUGUAAUUUGUUGGGUCAAGCUCUAUCCUAAGAUUGCCCUCGACAAUUUUAAAGAUGUGAGGAUCAUGACUCAUCAAAUUCAAGGCACGCUCUUGAAAGUGCUUGGUUCAAAAAGGUAUGGCAAGUACUUGAAAAUCACGAUGCCUAUUUGGUUAAUGGGUGUCAAAGACCCCGAUAAGAAUGUGGCCAGAACAGCAACCAGGCUUUUACUUGACAACUUUCAGGGUGAUGAAACCAAGUUUGAAAAAGUUUGGGAGAUUUUUGAGGACCAAAUUUUAAACUUGAUCGGUUCGGUUGUCACUAUUGAAACUCCAGAAACUUUAUCCGAUCCUCGAUACGUGUCAGAGUCUGAAAUUCAAAUCAAGUAUGACCGUGUGUUAAUGGUGUGUAUCGAGAUGCUUUUGCAAGUUUUCAAGGGUUCUUCUCAAAGCGUCUCGUCCAUUGAAUCAAUUUUGGUACUGGAAGUUAUAUGGGAGAGAUUAAUCUACAGCGUGAAGGAAGAUUCAAUGAACUUAGCGUUGUUUAAAUGUAUAUUGACCUUGAUUUUGAGCGUUUUUUCCAAAGAGAACCAUCUUUUGGAAUCAAUGGACUACAAACCGUUGUAUAAAACAGUCUCAAAGGCAAUAAUGAAAGUUAAAUUUGGGAAAAGCAAGCCUGGAAUCAUAUACUCAACAGUGAUUCUCCCGUUUUGGCAAGUCUUGAUUCAACUCGCGAGAUUUUCAAAACGUAAUGAGUUAAGCAAAUCGAUUUGGGAUAUGGGUGGUAGCAAGAGUAUUACAAGGCUACACAGCUAUAUUCGUCUAGGACCGUGUGAUCUGGAUCCUAUAUAUUAUGACUUUGUUGCUGUUGUGAUGAAUGAUUUGAAGCAGGGCAGUCUGAAAAUAAUCGACUUUAAUGACACAGAAGAAGCACUGUUCUUUACAAAGACAUUUAUGGAGCAAUUUGAAAAGGUUCGUGAGAACUUCAAACUGUCUUGUUUGCGUUGUGCAGUGAGAGUGUUGGAUUUAUUCGAUGUGGAUAAAGUUGAAAAUAUGACUACGAUAAUAAGGUCCGUAUUGAACGGAAAGAAAAUACGACUCCAGUCAAACAUUAAAGAGAUGAACUCCCUGUUUCAAGACUUUAAAAACAAACCAUUAUUGAAAGAAUGCCUAACCAAGGUACAGGAAGAGAUAAAGAGGCAUCUUGGUGAUGAAAUAUACACCGAAAGUUAUUUAAUCCGUUUCAAUGAAUUGUUAAAAGCACUGGAUCUCAAAGAUGAAGGUAUAGACAUGAUUGAAUACGCAAUUGAACAAUUUAAUACGCAGCAAGUGGAUGCCAAUACAGUUACACGCUGCGUCAUUGCAUAUUUGGCGGUGAAUGAUGAUAUCACUCCACCGUUGAAAACAUUCAUUAAACAGCUACCAGAGCAUUUAGAAGGUAUCAAUGACACUUCAACGCAGUUGUUGAAAGAUGUAGUAUCAAAGAAAAUUUUAGCAGAUGAAGACUUGAUUCCCUUGAUAAACCAGUCCUUUGCAAAUAUUUCCUUAAUCAAUCCUGAUAAUAGAGACGGUUUUAUCAAAUUAUUGGGUCUUGAUUUUGGUGAAUCAGAGUACCCUGAAAUCUACCUGUACUUACGUGAGAGUUCACGGGGACUGGCUGAACCAGAAUAUUUGGAAAAAUUGUUAACCUCUCGUGACGAGAAGGCUUUGCGUGAAGUUAUUGCCAAUUUGAAUGAGCAAUCGUGUCUCGCUUUUAUUUCAGCUGUUGCAAAGACCAGCUCGCUUGCAUUUGUGAUCGAGUUAGGAAUUGAUAAUGUGAUACGUUCAGCAUGGAGCAACGUGAAACCACUGGUGCAAUUUUUGAGAGCUUUAAGACAAUUUGAGGAUGUUUAUUCUAAAUCGUUGGUGGAUUACCUCAAAAACUGUUCAAUUGAAACCAACUUUGACGAUAUAGCGGAGGUCGUUAAAGAGGGACCACUUCCUUAUGAUCUUUUUGAACGAGAAUUGAAAGAAUCAAUAAACCAAAUAGAACCAUUUGAGAUUGCAAUUGCAAAUGCAUUAGAGCUGGCAGUAUACUUGUGUAAAUAUGGUUCAAAGAGGAUGCUGAGUGAUGUACCCGUUUUGGCAAAAUUUAUAAUCCAACUAGAUGAUGCAGAACCUAAAUGGCAGGUAUUGACUUUGGUCGCCAAGGAAAUCGUGUCAGAUUAUAUCAUUACCAGUGAAAUCACGAUAGAGGAGGAAAGCAUCUUGAUGGAAAUUGUUGGUAAUUUUUCACAUAGAAAAUGCACAGAAAACAUUGAAGAGCUCAUAAAUGAUGUCAAUGGCAAUGAUCCGUUGGCAUUGGCAACUAAUGGCGAUGACAUCUACUCUUUUUACGCAUCCCGGGUUUUGUCAAAGAUUGUUGAGAAUGCGUCUGAAUGCAUGAGUACCCUGCAGUUUGAAUCUUUAAAAAUCAAUUACGUUCAAUUGCUAAAACAUCCAUUGAAAUGUGUGGCAUUCACAAGUGGUAUCAAAAACUUUUUAGGAUCAUCAACAUUAGAUCGAGCUAGAAAUUAUGCCUUUUCGGAGAUAUUGGCAGUUAAGGCAGAGAAAGAUAUCACUACCAUAGGAUUGAAGUGGAUCACCAUGCUCAUUUCUUUUCUCAAUCAAGAGGCGGAUUUGAAAAAUGUUUUCCCUGGUGUUAAAUUAUCAAUGGUUUUGAAACAGAUUGAUGACUGGUUUGAUUCAUCAAUAGCGUAUGAUCCCGGAUUUAUUGACAUGAGGAUUCAAGCUCUUAUUUUCCUUGGCCGUUUAGUUGUGAUUGAAGAAACCUUACCUGAUAUCUACUACGACUUGGUAAACAAAAUCAUUGGUGAUAACCUUGACAUGGCAGAUGACAGGGUGGACUUGAAGUACUACACUUUAAAAGUAUAUGCCAAUAUCUUGAAAUACAACCCAAGUGAUGGUUUGGAGUUACAAGAUGAGAGGAUGAUUGAGUUGCUCACCACUACCACAGACGAUAACCCUAACCAAGUUGCCUCGUUAGUAGAAUCUGUUUUGGAGAGAGCUUUGCAGCUUUCUAAUAUAUCCACCAACCUCAUCAAAAACUCUCGUGAUCAAUUCUUGAAAGUGCUUUCCAAAUCUGGUUCGAUCACAAAACAAACCCGCAGUACCUAUUAUUUGGAAAAAUUGUUUAAAGAAGAAAAAGACGAUUUUGUGAUUGAAUAUCAACUUUCUAAAGAUGAGAAUAAGAAGGCAGAAUUACCUCCCACCCUCAUGGAAAUUGUGGAGAGAUUCCAAGUAGAUCUGACUGCUGAUGUAUUCAGAUAUAUGUUGGCAUGGCUUUUAAUUACUGCCUUUUUCAAAGAUGUGACCUUAGCCAUUAAAAAUGAUUAUUUAAACGAGGUGCUAGAAGGUAAGGAUUUCCAAACACUUUUGUAUUACAUUUUCGACCAUGUUGACUUGGAUAACAAGUUCUUAACUACAUUAUCAAUUGAUGAUGUUUUAGAGUACCAGGUUAAUGAAGUGCUCAAAGCUCGCGAUUUGAAUGAGGAGUUGAAACUACUUUCCCUCCAUAUUUACUACAAAUGUCUCAAAUAUUGUGGGUUCCAGGUUCAGCUUUGGUUUCGAGAAAUCAAGGACAAGCAACUUCAAAUGAAGGUUGAAAGAAUUACAAGCAAAUACUUAUCUCCGCCAUUGAUCAAGGAGAUUUUGGAGCAGGUGGAGAAGGAUAAACAAAAGCUUUUACAGAAAGAAGAUAAUUUGUCCAUCAAGGUGAAUCGUAAUGAAAUCAAAACGUCUUACCUCGUUGAUGACCAAAAACUCGAGAUGGUUGUUAAAGUUCCUACUCAUUAUCCAUUGGAAAAUGUAAUCAUCGACGGACCUGCAAGAGUUGGAGUCAAGGAAAGCAGAUGGAAAGCUUGGUUAUUAGCUUCACAAAAACUCAUUUCCUUACAAAACGGUUCAAUCAGUGAUGCUAUUGAACUCUUCUGUAAAAACAUUAAUUUGCACUUUUCUGGAUUUGAAGAUUGUGCAAUUUGUUAUUCAAUUUUGCAUCAGGACUUGUCGUUACCGUCAAAGACGUGUCAAACAUGUAACAACAAAUUCCAUGCCGCUUGUUUAUACAAAUGGUUCAAGAGUUCAGGAAAUUCAACUUGUCCCUUGUGUCGAUCACCUUUUAACUUUAAAACGAGAAGCUAA